AUGCCCUCCCAACGCCCCUUCUUCCUCUCUACCUUCUUCUCCUCCUUCCGCCAAUCCACCGCUCUGUCCGCGCAGCAACCGAACAAGCACUCCACUCAGACGUCAUCCUCAGCAUCCUACGCAACACAGUCCGCCGCCUCGGCACCGCGUGCGAUAUCCUCAAAUGCCGCAUCAUCAAGUAGCGCCAACGCCAACGCAGCCGCCAACUCCGCGACGCGUUCAACGUCAGGCGUCGUGAACCAGUACCCGCUACACUCGCCCCGCGGCGGCAUCCCGAUUCCCGGAAGCCACCCGAACCGACGACGAGGAAGUGACAGCAGCAGCGAGGGGUUCCGUGACGUUUUGGGUGCCGACAAGUGGUACAUCGGUGGGCGGACAGCGGGCGGCGAGGAAAAGUUCUUCAAGCUCGGCGUCAUACGGAGGGUGCGCAGUAACGAUGGCUUGAGUCUCGAUCGACUGAGCUUAUAG